AUGUCUAAGGAAGAACCUGCUUAUGAAACAGAAGAUGAAUGCAUUACAGAUUUCUUUAACAAUAACCUAAAUCAACUCAAACAUUAUAAAUCAUCCUUUGGGAAUUUUUAUCACGAUUGUUGCGAAAAAGCACACAUACUAAAUUGUCAAAAACAUAUUAAAGAAAUUUAUUUACCUUUAAUAGAAAAAUGGAUAGAAGAAUACGAAUGCAUAAAAGAAUCUAAUAAAGUACAAGUUUUCAUGUCUAAUCUAAACAAAUUAGAAAUUACCGAAAUUAAAAACUUUAAAAAUGAACUAAAUACACUUGUAAAUUUUUUAUUACAUGAAUUAAAACAAUCUAAGCAAAAAUAA